AUGGAUAUCAACUCUGCUGCAAGGACCCUCACAACUCUCGAGUCUGUCCCUGUUCAUACAAAUCGAUUGAACGAUAAUAUCAAACGAUGUGUUAUGAAAAAAUUAAUGACCAAGAAUCUUUUGUUGUCAUCAAUCACAGAAACAAAGAGGUUGCAUAAAUGA